UAAAUUUCACAUUCAUGAAGUCAGAUUUCUCCAGGCUAUACCAAGUGUAACUUUAUUUUAUAUUGAUCUUAAUUGUUUUCUGACUCUGUAGUAGAAUUAGUAAAAACAAGAAAGCUGUGAAAAUAUCCAAUUUGAUUAAUUCUAUUAUGUCCCCUAUUACAAGGUAACGUAUUAGUGGAAUUUUAUUUUAUUUAUUUGUGUAUAAUUAGUUAUGUUUAUUUAUUAAUUUUUUUUCUCUUCUGUUUGCCAAUGUAUAUCUAAUGAAUCACACCCCGUACAUCGAUGCUGUUUUGUCAAUAUGUUAUGUCUUGUCUGUUGCAUAUGUGUCAAUAAAGAUUGUUAAAAGAAGAAGUAGAAGAAGAAGAAGAAAAUAAAAAAAAAACAAGCACACGAUCUUUGCUAAGUGUCAAUAGCAGCUAGUUCGGAUAUUUAGCUUGAAACACUUGCAAACUUUUGCCUCAGUCACCUGUUCACAAACUCUGACAGAAGCUGCUAUCAUGAAAGAAGCUGGUCAGCACUACGUUUGGACAACCAAAUUAGUUGAAAACGUCAACCGACCAAACACUCUGUGGCUGAUACGUAAAAGACUUCCUGCACCAGACCUUUCUAAAAGUCGCCCCUUGGUCUCCAGGUUCAAGUCCCCUGAUGCUCUUGAUACACUUUCAAACAUCCCACUAAGCUCAAGCUCCUCCUCAUCUUCUGAGUCUUCAUCCAGCCCUUCCCUUUGCUGCUCCUGUUGCUCUUUAUCCAAGUCCGACUCGACAUGCUCCAGCUCAUCCAGCUCGUCUCUAUCCAGUUGUUCCUCCCCAAGUUCUGCUGUCAGCAAGCAUGACCCAGCAUUAAAGACCUGGAAUUGUGAGCUGGUCAAGGGUCAUCAUCACAAGAUCAUCAUCCGAAGACAGCUGUCGGACAGUUCUGUCCCGAGAACGAAGACAGCCAGUCAGCCAGAAAUAGGAAAGCAUUCUUCAGAGCUUCAAAGAACCAAGAACUGCUAGGUGUCUUUUUGAUGAGCAAGGAAAAAAAGUGAAAUGGUGUAAUAAUUAUCUCCACCUAAGUUUGAUGUGACGCAGUCCUUGUGACCAAGGUUGUACAUCAGGUAAAAUGGACAUGACCUUGGAACAUAAUGGAUGUGUUAUGCCCUCCAGGUGAUGUCUUCCUCUGACAGAAACGGAUUAAAAAAAUGUCCAGCUCCACCCAGCUCCACCAGGCACAGUGAGAGUGAAGUCAUGACUCUGCAGUCCAUCCUGCAGCAAAACAAUAAAGUUGCGGCUGUAUUA